GGGAAAAGGGGGUAGUGGGAAAGGAGGGAGAAUUGGGGGGCUUAAAAGUAAAUGGGGAAAAGUUGAUGGUAGAAGGCAGCAAAUAGAUUAUAGGGACAGUGAAUCUAUACUUGCCAAUUGGUAGUUAGGAUUUAAAGAUUACAUACAAGCCAAAUGAAACAGCCAAGCCUAGAUAUAGCUAGUCAGCCAAAGCGGUAGACUGGUUAUAAAUCCAAGGUUUAGAGUCUUGAAUAAGGCGUUGAAAAAUUCUGUGAACGACUUUAAAGACUUUGAGUUGUCUAGUAAGGACUAGUCACAACUAGCAAGGAUAAUAGAAACUGCUGAAAAAAAAAAGUAUCAGCUACUAAUUAAUCAUAUUGAGUUAGGAAGUCAGUGUUUGAAUUGAUAACACAGUUGGAAAGUAGUUUAUAUUUGUUAGGGAUUUAAUAUUUUGAGAAGUGUUUUUCUUCAAUGAGUCCUUAUUUAGGGCUGUGGAGCUAUAACUGGAGUGCGUGUAAUCAGUGCAGGGGAAGAUCCAAAGAUUCCAUUUAGAUUGUUCAGGGAUUUAUUCUCCUCAUUUUUGAAGCUAUGUCUCCUUUAUGGUCCCUGCUUCCCAUCUUAUGCCUGUCACUGGCCGCUGCUGCUGUCCCCCGUAUAUCCCGCCGCCAGACCUCUAUUUGCCCUCGGGUAUGCGAGCUAUCUCGGUGCCCCCGUGCCCAGGCUCCCUGCCAAGCAGGUGAGGUGCGGGACUCGUGUGGCUGCUGCCCGGUGUGCGGGGCAGGGGAGGGGGAGGCCUGCGGGCAGCGUGGUGCAUCCCCGUGCGGAGAGGGGUUGGAGUGUGUCCUGCCUGGGGUUGGCGGCACUCCCAGGAGGAGAGUGGGUGUGUGUGUGUGCCGUACGAGUGAACCCGUGUGUGGCAGCGAUGGCAAGACCUACAGGAACCUGUGCCACCUAAAGGCAGAGAACAGGCGGGCCAGGCUACAGAACUCGCCACCAGCCAUCCACAUCCAGAAAGGGCCAUGUGAAACUGGUUCUCCUUAUCCGGACAGCAUGAGAUACAAAUUUAAUUUCAUAGCUGACGUGGUCCAGAAAAUCGCACCGGCUGUUGUACAUUUGGAACUGUUUAGAAGGUCCCCAUUCACAGGUCAGGAAAUGGCUGUAUCCAGUGGUUCUGGCUUUAUAGUUUCUGAAGAUGGCCUCAUAGUAACAAAUGCUCACGUACUCACGAACAAGCAGCGUGUUAAGGUGGAAGUAAAAGAUGGAGCUCAUUAUGAUGCUAAGGUGAAGGAUAUUGACCAAAAAAUGGACAUUGCUCUGAUCAAGAUUGAACCAGAUGCCCCUCUUCCAGUUCUCAUGCUUGGCAGAUCUUCUGACCUAAGACCAGGAGAAUUUGUGGUUGCUCUUGGAAGCCCGUUCUCUUUGCAGAAUACAGUCACCACCGGAAUCAUCAGCACCACUCAAAGGGGAGGGAAAGAGCUUGGAUUAAAAGAUUCUGAUAUGGAUUACAUCCAGACAGAUGCCAUCAUUAAUUAUGGAAAUUCUGGUGGACCGCUUGUAAACCUGGAUGGGGAGGUCAUAGGUAUAAAUACUCUGAAGGUGACAGCAGGGAUAUCCUUUGCUAUACCAUCUGACCGAAUUAGGCAAUUCCUAGCUGAAGCCCAUGACAGACAGCUGAAAGGAAAAACUCUUCCAAAGAAGAAAUAUAUGGGGGUACGAAUGGUUCAGCUCUCAUCAAAUUUAAUCCGUGAGCUUAGAAUGCGUGAUAAAGAUUUCCCCGACGUUAAUUCUGGAGUUUAUGUGUUUGAGGUUAUCCAAGGAACAGCAGCAGCAAGUGCUGGAAUGAAGGAUCAUGAUGUUAUCAUAAGCAUUAAUGGGAGGUCUGUGACCAGCACUGAGGAGGUGAGCGAGGCAGUACGGGCCAAUGAUACUCUCUCCAUUGUGGUACGUCGUGGGAAUGAAGACAUCAUCCUAAACGUGGUGCCCGAGGAAAUGGGUUAAGACCAUACAUAGCCUCCAACAUUCCGCUAUUGUUCAUCAGGACCUCUUAUCGCAUUGAGUGCGUUAUGCACUGAAGUCUUAGACUUGGAACUCACAUAUUAGCUGGUCUCUGAGCUUUCAUUAGAUGGAAAUUUCCUGCUGCUGCUGGAACAUAUUAUUCAGAUACAGAUCGUGGGGUGAAUGAAAGUAUAGCAAACUGUAGAGGAGACCAAUUGGUAAAUACACAAAUACAAUAGAAAAGACAGACUUCUUCUGUUGGGUAUGUAUGGAGAGAUAUUACAUGCCCAACACGUGGUCUCACCUAUAAUUUUGGCAGAGAGUAUAAUAUAUUUUUAAUUUUGAAAGUCUUAUGAAAUAUUCCUCAAAAAAUACAAUUUACACUGGUAGGGGAGAACUAGGAAUGCAUACAUAAAUGAAGAGUGCAUGCAAUAAUCAAAUACUCAAUUUUUCACAGGUAUGCUCACUAAAAGCAUUAUACUGGUGCACAUAUAAACCGAUGAUGCUAAUAUGUAUUUGAGAUUCUUUCAUAUUUUAAAAAUUUGGAGGUGGAGUAAGAAGAGGGAAUAUUCUGGGAAAUUGUGAAAUAUGGACACAUUUUGAAAUCAUAUCCGCUAAGCUUAGAUGAUUUUUGCAUUUUAUGCUGUAAAAGUAGAAUGCAUUUGGGAAUCUUAAAAUACAAUUCUAGGGCAAAGUUUUGAAACUGAAGAAAUUAUUAGGCACAUCCCGCUAGUUUCUAUGGUGAAUAUUCUUUUUGCAGAACUCUGCCACAAAAAAGAUUUUUGCAAAGAAUCGUCUGUGUUUGUACUUGUUGUAAGUGUGCUGUAACGUUAGAGAAUGCAGAAAUGUCACCACAGUAAAGCACAAACAUGUAAACAAUUUAAACUUUUCACAUUAGGGAAGACAGACAUGCAGACAGACACUGCUCAUGGCGGACCAGAUUAAUUAAAAAAAUAUGUUGAGAUCAAGGA